CUGCGACGACCCCACCCCCACAGCUCGACAACGAAAUUCUGAAGUGUUCACUCGCUCAACCCCAUCAAAAAUCAGUUUCAAAAUAUAUAUUUGUGUGCGUGUAUAUAAAUAACUACCCACGGCCCGAAACGGCCAAUCUCGUUGCACCACUGCUGAGCUCAAAGCCGCGAGACCCUUUAGCUCCGCUAUCAAAUUCCCAAACUCUUCAGUUUCCGAUCCGUUUGAAUCCUUGCAAUCCAGGGUCCAGAGGCGAAAUCGUGAUCUGGGCUUUGGCUUUUUGGAUAGAAAGUGGUCGUCUUGGUCUCUGGGUCCGAAUCGAUCGGUAUGAGGAAGAGGGAGAGGGAAAACCCUUGUGGGAUUUGUGGGCACUACCACAAAUACGAGGAAGGCGAGGUUUGCGGCGUUUGCGGCCACCGGAUGCCGGCGGGUUCCGAGAAAACUUCAGUCCCAGUCAGUGCUUUUCCGUCGGAGAUCUUGCCCAAGUUUCUAUAUCUGGGCAGCUACGACAAUGCGUCGAGGUCAGAGCUUCUCAAGACCCAGGGGAUUUCUCGGAUUCUCAACACAGUACCUUCUUGUCAAAAUCUUUAUAAGAACUCUUUUACCUAUCAUUGUCUCCAAGAUGACAAAAGUUUACCAUUUGAUGAUGCGAUCCAAUUUCUAGAACAAUGUGAAAAGGACAGGGUACGUGUUCUUGUGCACUGCAUGUCUGGAAAAAACAGGUCACCUGCUAUUGUGAUCGCCUAUUUGAUGAAGAGCAAAGGAUGGAGACUUGCACAGAGUUACCAGUGGGUGAAAGAGCAUAGACCGACUGUUGAAUUAACUCAAGAUGCCUACCAGCAAUUACAGGAUUUUGAGCAGAGGAUUUUCGGGUCAAUCGCCAGUACCACCCCUGCCUUGCCGGUUCUCCAGCCAUCAGGUGAGACAUCCUUCAGCUUUGGCUUCCCUAAGCUAAAUGAUCCAGUUCCUGUCCCUGCUUUCAACAUUGGCACCGCGUCUAUUUUCGCUCGCCCGGUCUUUGACAUUCCUCCUCGCGAGUUCACCUUCGGGGCUGGCCCGACACACAACAAUCUCUCGGGAGCCCCUUUUGGAGAAAGCCCACAGAAUCAAAGCGGGAGCGACAUAUCCAUGGACGGUUCUUGAUUCCAUGCCAUCAAACUCCUCCUCUCCAACAGUCAUCGUCAUCGUUGUUGUGGUCGUCGAUGGUAAGAACCAAACUGCAUUCAGUUCUAACUUAACAAGUUUGAAUGUAAAGUGGGGAACAAAUACAGGCUUGCUGGUUUGUGAGUUUUAACCUUUUCUUGAAUGAGAUCCAAUAUCCAGAUAACUGGAAGUUCGUAGUCAGUUACUGCCGAACUCAAAUUCUUUCUGGCAAUGGCAUAAAUGAAAGGCAAAGGGAUACAGAAUCUUUACUUA